AUGCGUCGGCGCGGAGCAGCAGCGGACAGCGAGUCGGAGGAGCUGUUGCUGGUCUCCACGAGAGCGACGAUCACCAGGAAACGACGACCCAACCGAAGGGUCCUGGAGCGGAAAUGGCAGACGUUUGUCGUCACAAAGCACGUGAUGCUGCGGCUGCUCGGCGCCGUCUACUUCUUCGCCUUUCUCGGCGCGUACCUGCAAAACGGCGCGCUCCUUGGUGAGCGCGGCCUGAUGCCGGCAAAGCCGCAUCUCGAGCGGCUUCAAAAGCAAAACGCGGCCGGUGGCGGCUCGCGGCUCGACGGCUUCUUGUCUGCGCCCUCCGUCUACUGGUGGCUGCCGCUCAGCGACGCCUCGCUGGACGGCGUCGCCGCGGCCGGCGUCGCGAUCGCCUCGCUCGUCUGCUGCGGCCUCCACUCUUCGGCGGCGAUGGCGGCGAUGUGGCUCCUCUACUUCUCCCUCGUGACGGCGGCCGAGGGCUCCACUUUCUACCAGUAG